AUAUGCAGGAACAAGUUCUUCUUCGAGCCUACAAGGAAUGCCACCGUGUUUUGUCCCAAUGUUUUAAUGAGUGCAGUCAACGGAAUGCAAGGAAGCAGCUCAACACUCUGAACAUGUGUGGUCACUCCAUCAGCUUGAAACGUUACUUAGUAUCUCAAGAACCUGUCAGCAUCCACCUUCCCUUAUCCAGGCUCCUUGCAGGUUUGCACGUACAUCUAAACAAGAGUGGGGCAAUUAACAAGUUAGAAGAAUAUGUGCCUUCAUCAGAGUUUCAAGUUGAAAAAUUGAUGGACUACCCAUUGCGCUGCUUAGUGCUGAUGGCUCAGGUCUCAGCUGGUAUGUGGAGAAGAAAUGGAUUUUCUUUAGUAAAUCAGGUGUUUUGGUACCGAAAUGUAAAAUUGAGGGAAGAGAUGUUUGACAAAGACAUAAUCAUGUUGCAGAAAUACAACUACGGGGCUUGGUACCAGGGAUAUCUCAAACUCAAUUAUCUUGUUGUAUUGGCUGAAGAUAGGAUGAUUGGCACUAGAGCAUUUGACCACAGAAAAAGGGUCAAUUUGUCUCCUGAAUGAAUGGUGUUGAAGUGAUGCAGAAUAGAUCACAGCGCAGAAGGAGGCCCACAUAAUCCAUCGCGCAUGUGUCAGCUCUUGGAAAGAAUUAUCCAAUUAGCCCCUUUUCCCAUACCCUUGCAGUUUGUUCACUUUUGAAGUAUUUACCCACUUCCCUUACAAAGGUUCUUGUUAAAUCUUUGACUAACCUUUCAGUCAGUGCGUUUCAAUUGUAACAUCUCUCUCGCAACAUCUUGGCUUCUAAAGGUCAGGGACCUGCACAGGGAUGUUGAGUUAGUUUUGAAAAACUAUUUGAAUAUACUUAACAAUUUUACUGUUUUAAUCACACAACCAGUUUCUCUGAAGAAUGAUCUUGAUUUCAUAAGAUUUUCUUGCAUGAAACCAAUCCUACUUAGUUUUUGAGUAACAAUAUGAGCAGUUGCAUUGGAACUGCUUUCUUUACUGGGGAUUCUCAACAGAAGCUGUUGUGUUUCAAGAUUCAUUGUGUUUCAUUUUAGUCUAGGUGUAAGCUCAAUAAGUAAUGUGCACUUCACCUUACCUCUGUUUCCUACUAUUACAUUUAGAAUUAGAUUUCAAAGACAAACCAAGUUUAUGUAAAUCUUAAUUGAGAAUGUUGGUUACAUGCUGUGAAUUGAGGAGAUUUGCUGUCCAAUGUUUGGUCGUGUAUUGCAAACAGGUUAUUUUUAAUUUUUUUAAAUCAAAUUGCUUUGUUUAAAAUUUCUCAUUGUGCAUAAUCCAUGAUAUAUUGGUGAACAAUAAUCUAAGAAUAGGAUGAAAAACAAAACAGUUCACAGUUAACAUGCUAUCCAACUUUGUGACCUGAAUGGACAGACACAAUUCUGUAAAAUGUUUUAAUUCUGCGAGAGUGUUAACUGAAGUGGAUAUUCAUAAGUAUGUCACUGGGCCUUUGUAACUAUCUAAUUGUUUA